AUGAACUCGGGACAAAUUAUUGUUUUGUUCAACAUAUUCCAAUACAUCGCGUGCCCAUACUCGCCGGGUGGUGACGAAGUGCAGGCCGGGAGUGUGCUGUUGCCGGCAUCCAGGCGUGGGCGGUACCUCGCUAACAUCAUCAGGAGGCAGGCUGUCGACGGAACAGGCAUAAAAUUCAACAAGGAUGCUGACAGGAUAAACGCCGAGGCGAAGAAGAAGGUGGACGUGCUCUCCGAGGAGUUGCUCCCGUACAUCAUCGCGGAGCAGGAGCGCCGCACGACCCUGUACAGGCGCGUGAUGACGGCGAUCCAGAACGGCGAGAAAGGAGUCACCAUCGCCGAGCUGAGGAACAAGCCGCCGCUCAUCAUCAGAAAGGGUCUCCUCUACCGCUGCCCAGCGAACCGGGCACCCAAGGAACCUGACGGCUACGGGGUGCUGAUGUGCGAAGACAACAUAGAACCGACCCAAGUAAUGUACGACUCCUGCCUCAGCGCGGAAGACAAGGACCUGUACGUGGCUGAGAACAAGUACUUCUUCUGCAAUCGCCACAAAGUGGAGGGUCCGGACCUGCCGCGCAACGGUUCCACCGUGAUAGGCUGCGCGCCGAUGGAGAGGACCUCGCUGAACUACACCAGCACCAAAUGCGCCCUGGAGGACACUGAUGACGUCGUGGUCCACUACCGCUACUACCCUGACAGAACGUACAAGUUCGUGACGGAGCUGGACCCUGACAGGGAGGUCUGCGACCACUGGAACCCGUGCCAGAUUGGCUACAUCUACUCCCUGCCCUCUCCCGACCAGGCGUUGCUGGCCAACGAACUGUGGCAUAACUAUGGAGUUGACGAAUACGAACGCGACGAAAUUGUGCCACCAAUACCUGAGGACAGCCUGGAGGAGUGGGUGCCAACGUCAGCCAGGAACUACACCAGCAGCCCGAGGAGGCUCACCAUCCCUGAUGGAUACGAGUUCCACCGCAUCAAGCAUUCCAGCACCCUCCGGAACACAGCCAACGCGGUGCUCUCGCCGAAGCUCUACUCUGUGCAAAUUAACGGUCAGACCAUCAUCAUCACGCUGAACUUCCCCUCCUGGUCGACCAGCCAAGUUGGCCCCUACUACUGCACCUUCAGCAAAAGUGGCAGCAAGCACGAGAAGGUCGUCAAGUUCCUGGUGCUGUCCCCCAGCGGCAUGUCCAUCGCGCCGAAGUCGGUGGAGCUCCUCCACGGGCAGCGCGUGAACAGCACCGUGGUGCCGUUCCGGUGCAACCGCUGCCGGCUGCUGAACCUGAUGGUGCGCGCCUCCGACGGCAACGUGUACAACGUGGACAACUCCCGCUACAGGGUGAAGGAGUUCACCGACCGAGAGGGUAAACAACGCCAGUUCCUGGAGAUGGAGCUGGAGGGCAUGAAGCCCCAGGACUUUGGAGACUACUUCCUGGUGAUGCAGAACGGAGACGGUCUCGAGGAGAGAGUUAAAGGGAUAACGGUUCUAUUGAUCAAGACGACGCGUCUCACCGCCUCCUUCGAGGUGGGCGGCCACUUCGACCGCACGAUGCACUACGGCUGCGACGGCUGCGAGAUCACCGACAUCCUCUGCAACGGCGAGAGCGUGCUGGCCGCCGGCCGCGUCUCCAUCAUCAGGGUGUCCAACAUGAUCAGCUUCAACUUCCCCAGGUUCGAAGACAACCAUUCCUGCGUAUACAUGGGUUUCUUCAAAUUGAAAGAAAGGGUCUACAAGAAGAUAUUGGCAGUGAUAGACAGGGUGACUACGGUACCCGUGACAGUGGACACGCCUAAGGUCGGAGAGCAAUUCGAGCAGGAGGUGUCCUACAGCUGCGCAGAUUGCACAGUCGAAAAGGUGUUCGUCAACGGAAUUCCGCUACAGACGGGCUCGAGGCGGACCAACUCUGGAACAAUCGCUUUCUUCGUCGCGUCGUCUACUUCCAUCACGAUAAGGAUAACAGAGUACGCGCCGACUUACGAGGGAGUCUAUCAGGCGGUCUUCGCAGUUGGCAACGAGGAGGUCACCAAGACCAUUAUGGAGAUUAAGGACCCAUCGGAGAAGACGGAGGAGCAAGUGGCCGGCACCACGUCAGCGGCGGAAACUCACGCAGGGGAAACGACGGCGGCAGCAACUGGGGCGACGGCCGCCGCGACAGCGGGGACAGCUGCCGAGACAGCCACCGCAUCGGAACAGGCUGAGGCCGCCUCUGAGCCAACGGCAGAAUCG